AUGUGGAGGCGAGAACCCACAAUACUUGACGUCUUUGGCAACACAUAUCUUCCUGAAGCAAUUAAAAUUCAUCCAGAGUACACUGGAAGCGUAGAUCCAGUUAAGCGUGCGAUUUUUGAUAUUGCUGUUAUCAAGCUCUUAACUACCAUUGAUUACAAUGACUACCAAAAAAGAGUAUACUUACCAACUAGAAACGUUUUAACUGGUGAUGUUGGUAUGCUUAGUGGUUGGGGAUCAGUAUCAUUAUCUCCAAUUCAAUUUUCCAACAAGCUCCAAGCAGCUUGGAUGACGAUUCUUGAUCUUCCAUCUUGUUCGACAAGAAUUGAUCAUCCAUUAUCUAUAGAUCAAUUUUGUGCUUAUCAAAGACCAGGAGUUGGUGCAGCCAUUGGUGAUAGUGGGAAUCCAUUGAUCAUUAACAAUAAAGUAGUUGGUCUACUAUUAGCUUCUUAUCCGUUUGCUACAGGUGAACCUGAGCUGUACUUAAAUGUUUACAUGCAUGUAAGCUUCAUCAGAAAUAUCAUAGAAAAGCAUUAAAUUAAUGAAAUUAAGGAUAAGAAGAUUUUAGUUAAUUUUCAUAAAUAAUAAA